AUGAUUGUUCUCAUUUUGCUAAAGCCUCCUAUACAAUGUCCUGUUUGUGGUCGAACAUUAUCCUUCCUACCAACUGCAACUGCAUUCGAAUCCAUUCGAACAACCGAAGAACCUGAUUCAGGCAAAGACUUUAUGGUGGAAAGUUCACACGUGUCCCUGCGCCCGGCAGAACUGUUUUCCGUGGCUUCUGCACGCACAGAUUCAACUGCACGGAUGCCCAACGUGCAUGACUCGCCUAAUCACACAACGGUUUUACCAUUCAUUGAGACGGUUGAAGAAGCCACCUCGCUGCAAGAUACAAAUAAAUACGGACAAGAGCUGUCCACAUCGCAUAUAAAUGAUCGCAUUCCAAGUGGAUUGGCUGCACGAAGCACGGACGCUUCCGUUGUUUCACAAACCUUAACGGACAAACUGUCACAACCACCCAAAGAAUCCGAACCGGUUAACGAAUGGAUUCCGCUAUUGCAAAUAGCGGAUAAUCUCUUAAAAAAACCCGGCCCACAGAAAGGAUUUCGGAAACCGCCUACCACAAAACACAGUUCCGUUGACACGGCUCCCGUCGUACCAAUCAAACAAGAUAUUUAUCGCGGUCUUCAACGGGAUCCUCUAAACACAAUUGCCGAACAGCCGUUUGAAUCAAGCCAUCAUGUUCCGUCUUCCAUAGUACCAAUUCCAAUAGUCAUUUCAGAUAGUGUGGGGGACUUCCUGGAUAAACCAAAACAAUGUCUUCAAGAAAACUCAUUGGCGAGAUCGAUUGAAAGUGAUCGAUUGACCACCUUCGGUGUGUCCACAGCCUAUGCCACAGAUCCGUUCUCUGACUAUGUAUCGGAACGACCGGACUCUACAGUUGUACCACCGGACAAAGUGGUCCCCGUGCAAAAAGAGCCUGGUUCGUAUAGCACAAUUGGUGGGGUGACCACACCGAGAACCUUCCCACCGGAAUCCGCAAACGAGCCUCAGCAAACAGUGGAAACAGAAACGACGAUUGCUGUUUCGGCCGUCAAACGUCGCCGAUUGGCCCCAGUCGGUCUAAACCCCGUCCAGUCUGAAUGA